AAUUAAUAAUACUGUACAAAUAGUGUCACAGAGCCAAAUGCUGAACAGACGCUACUGUUGUUCAGACUACGUCUUUGAAUCCCAUGUUUUUGUUAAUAUAACUGUAUAUGUACUGUAUGUGCAUACACUAUUUCCAUAUUUUUGAAGAGUUAACUCUUGUAAUUUGAAAUGUUCAAGCCACAUCACGUUUACAAAUGAACAAAGCCAAGCCUAGCAGUUUGAAGUCAUUUUAAAGUGUCUCUGUCUCUCACACACACUUCACACUUUUUUUGGGGGUUUUCUGAGGUGUUUGCAGUUUUUUCACAGGGUCAAAAUAGGAUGUGGUUAGUGCACAGUGCAGACAGAACAUUCACAGAGUGAGUCAGAGACAAUAACAGUGUGUAACACAACAGGAGCUUUAAUAUCUUUCUGAAGUGGAGUUGGUGUGGAGAUCUGGGAGUGUGAACUCAGGAUGAAGAUCCUCCUCAUCUUCACCUUCUGUCUGAUCUCAGAUGGAGGAGCCUCCAAGAACGUAACAGGGUAUUCAGGAGGAGGAGUCCUUAUCAAGUGCAAGUAUGAUACAGAAUACACACAAAACCAAAAAUAUUUCUGUAAGGGCUCAUUGCUAUCCUGUUCUGACCAAGUAAAGACAGGAGCUAAAAACGAGUGGAUAAAUUCAGGAAGAUUCUCACUGUUUGAUGACACCAAAUCAGCAGUGUUCAGUGUGAUGAUCAGAGAGCUCACUGUACAGGACACUGGGACGUACUACUGUGGAGUUGAUAGAAAUUCACAGAUGGAUACAACAGUGCACCUGAAGGUAAAGGAAGGGUCCUCAGUCUCGAGAGAAGUGAUUGCAUAUGCCAGGACAAGAAGCAACAUCAAGUGUAGCUAUGACGAUGAGUACAAAGAGAAACCUAAAGCUUUCUGUAAGAUCAAAACACAUCAGUGUUGUAUUAAUCAAAUAAGUACAGAACCGAACAGGUUAUGGUCACAUAAUGGCAGAUUCUCAAUUCAUGACAACAGAAGUGCAGGAUUCUUCAGUGUGUUUAUCAGAGAGCUGAUUACGGGGGACACUGGAACAUACGCGUGUGCUGUUGUUGUGUCUAAUGAAACGGAGUUCUACACUGUACUGACGCUGAAUGUCAUAGAAGAUCUGUCCAAUGAGAAGUCCACCAGUGAGACUGUGCAUGUAGGAGGAGAUUUGACUGUCAACUGUAAAUACCCAGAAUCCCACAGGAAUGACAAUAAGUUUCUCUGCAAAAGGCCUAAAACUGCUGCUUGUUCUUAUAGUUCAACUGUUAGAAAAAGUAGAACAUAUAUAAAUGAGGGGAAAAUCUCCAUGUAUGAUGACAGAGAAACACAGAUGUUUACUGUGCGUAUUAAACAUGUGAGUGAGCAGGACUCUGGUGAAUACUGGUGUGGAGCUGAAGUAAACUGGACAUCUAAUCGUGGAUACAAGGUUUAUUUCACACAGAUCAACCUAAUAGUUACUGUAUUUCCAGUUUCCAAUGUGAUAACCGUGACUGUGAGUCUGCUUGUGCUUCUGAUUGGAAUCAUAUUCCUCAUUGUGACUCUACAUAAGAGACGCAAACUGCAAGGCCCAAGAACAAUGACACCAACUUUCAGCAGGACUAAUGAAGAUAAUAUCAGUGAACCAGAAUCUGUCUAUGAGAUUAUGUACCCCAACAUCUUCCAAUUAGAGCCAGUCUAUGAAAAUCUCUGAGUAAUCUGUCUACCAGUGUAACAUCCAGUCCAGAUUAUUCCCUGCCAGAAUGCCAGAGGAUGCCCUCUUCUGAAUAUUGAGUGACCUUCGGUUGUGUUGUUCACUUUUUGUCACCACAAUGUUAUUAAAAGCACAUGAAAUUGAA